AGAGACGGCGAGGCUGGCGGAGUUGCUUGGGCAGAACAUGGAUUCACAGAAGGAUGUUCAGCCUCCGAAGCAGCAGCCAAUGAUUUACAUUUGUGGAGAAUGUCAUACAGAAAAUGAAAUAAAGGCAAGAGACCCUAUCAGAUGCAGAGAAUGUGGCUACAGAAUAAUGUACAAGAAAAGGACAAAAAGAUUGGUGGUUUUUGAUGCCCGAUGAUUUCUGCUGAAGAUACAGUGACUUUAUGCUGCAGUUUAAUCUUUCUGAUAACUUUGCUCUGUAAAUCCAUUGGUGUACAAAUGCACACUCUUAUUUGUGUUUCAAGAUACUGAAAUAUUAAAGUUACUGCGAUACUAA